ACCGGCUCCAUCAUACCUCUUGCAUGACCGUGCACCGCAGCCUGACCACACCGUCUCCGUUCUCUCCAACAUAGAAGUUGCCCUUGUAUCAAUCCUCGCCACAUCUCUAAUCGAUCAAGGGGUGUCAUCACGUCUCGCAGACUCUGUGGGAGCAGCAAUCAAGACGUCAAGUGUCCCUGCGCACCCCGUUUCCGGCCAUCAACUGAACCAGAAACAAUCCACACACAAUCCACGACGACCUCUCGUCAGCUCCUCGCCUACCAGUCUACAUAUCCCCUUUCUCUUUCCCUCGCGGGACCGCCGACGUCUUUAGCCAAAGUUUGGCAAACACGGGGGCCGUUCUCCUGUGUCCACCGUCCUGGACUCACGGGUGACGGGUCGUUGAGCGGCCUGUGUCCGUUUAUGAGGUUCUGCACAAGAGAAGGAAGCAUUGGGAUACAUCUGGACGGCAGGGAGAAGGACAAAAGAGAGGGUCUAAAGAAACCGACCAUGUCUAGCCUGGGUCAUGCAUCUGCGCCGUAGCAUUCACCAUCACCGUCCAAGAAGGAAGGCCUCUCCCUGACUUGGGCCUUCUCAACAUGCCUUCGGCGGUGUCGAAUCAGAGCAACUAUUACACCGCCCACCACCGGCGUCAAUCUUCUCAGUCGCAAACAAAUUUGCCAGACCAGAUCAGAAAUCCCGGCCCACAACUCCAGUCGCCUAACCGAUCACUGGUCUUCCUCCCUUCUACAGCCUACACCCCAUCGCAGCCUGCGACCCAGCGUUCUAGGACGUCAUCACUCUCCAACCCUUCAAGAUCGACCUCGAGGCUGGAGUCUGUCCGCAAUGAGGAUAUCCAGAAUGACCCACACGAUUUCUACCGCCAGUAUCAAGACCCUUUUGCGAACUCAUCACUCGUGGCCCUGCACCAAGAGGCCAUACGAACAGACCCGAUCGAACGGGCAGAAGAGCCGCCCGUCACGGCUCGAAAAUCCAGCUUCACCGCCGAUGACAGAAUGGCCAAGGGAGCCAAAGGCUCGAGUGGUACUCGGAAACUGUCGUUGAAUACACAGACCUUGUCUAAUGGUACCUACGAUGGUGGACAUGUAAACCCUUCCGGGCCGAUGCCCCAUACCUUAAAGUCAAGAAAGGCUUCAUUCAAGGAUCUGGUAGCUCGGUUUGAUGCUUCGCCCGACGAUGUCCCGCCCUUGCCCACUCAGCAAGUAUCCCGGCCGGCCUCGAGAACAGCAAGCCCUAUGCCAUAUGCCUCGGUGGAGACUUCCCACUCUUAUCACCCGCAAGUCAAGCGACCGACAUCACGAGUCUCAGAGGCUUCAAGGAGGGCAGGAAGCGCACUGGGAUUCAGAGCUACCGCAAAUGACAAACCCACACACUCGAGAGAUCAAUCUUCUGCUGGCGGAUUAACUCAGGUCGCCAGCAACCCUGAAGUCCCGGCUCCUGGGCGCCAAUUGUUGUUUGGUGAGGUGCCUUCCUCCGCAGCCAAUCUACCAGCUGCGCCAGGCUACGGUAUUUACAAUGCCCGUCGUCGACGAGGCUCAGAAGGGUCUCCGAUGCAUAGUCCUAAUCCGAUGUUUUCAACGAAACGCGGCAACGCUCAAUCGUCAGCGCCCCCAAUCUCGCCUUCGGCCAUGCAUUCCCACACGUCUGGUUAUGAUUAUGACAGCUAUCCCCAUUCCCGACCUCCCCAUCGGCGAGCAAAUAGUGAUUUUUCCGGACCGCCUUCGAAGGUCUUCGUGCGGGCAGAUCAAACUCCGUCUCCCAGCGCCCAGGGUAGCAGUCAUAAACUCGCGGCGGAGUCGUCAUCGAAAUCGACUGCACAAUCUCGGAUUCCAGUUAGUACAAGACAUCAACGUAUUGCAUCAGACUCUGCGGCGAUUUCUCCUACCGGUCGUCCAGCUAUUGUCCCUCACCAACAACUCCCUUUCCGGGCUCUAGAAUCGGGAUUGAAGCCGUCGAACCCUUCUUCAUCAGGAGAGCGAAGACAGCACAGUCCUAAGCGGCAGCCACGAUCUCCAGUGCAAAUAAAAAGCCCAAAUAACCGUGGUCGCCCCUCUACCACAGCAAACGGGGAAAAGAGUCCUUCUCUUCGGGCAAAUAUCAUCGCCCCUCCACCGAAGGUCUCCCCGCCCCUCAGAAGCUCGAGGCCCCGACUCCCCGUCUCUUCUGCGACCACAGCCGCGUCUCGUGCGAAGAUGGCUGAAAAAUUCCAGACGAUGGCCAAGCAACAAAGCGACAGAAAGGCCUUCAGACGGCAGAGACCGCCGGAACUCAGUGACAUCGAUCUGAAGGCUCGCCGAUUAAAAAUCACUCAAGCUUUGAGCCGGUCACGAGAAGGACAGGAUCUGAAAGGUGACAACACAGAGAGCCGUGACGAUUCAGCCAGUCGUGAAGGUAGUAGAACGCCUUCCUUCGAAGAUUCCGAUGGUUCCGACCAACGUCAAGAGACGCCCGAGAUUCCUGCUGUCGUUGUGAAUGAAGCCCCCAUAGACGCGUCUGAGGAGCGUGCAUUCUACACCGACAAUGGAGAAGGCCCGGAAGAUCAACGAGCCUUAACCCAAACGGCGUUGAAGAUUGUUGAAGGAAAUAUUCAACAUCCAGGCGAUGAAAUGGACUCGCCUACGCUUGGUCAUGCUGAGUCUGGCUUCAACAGCAUUCCUUUCAGUCUAAACACGCAUUUACAACCUACACGUGACGAACAAGAGCCUCAAUCCGCCGUCACUGAGGGCACUGUUGCCACCGAGGCCACCAUGAUCGAUGCCGAGCCGCAAACGGAUACAUCGCGGCUCCAGACUCCCGGGCUAUCACUUCGCAACCAAAUCAAUGUGCUUCGAAGUCAGGACUCUACCUCACCCCUGUCGUCCGCUUCUCAAGCGUCUGGCGAGAAUUCUGAUCACGCUGAUCAGGUAUCUGUUCAUCUGAUGCUCCGUGACACAACAUAUCUCGACGAUGAUGAAGCUGUAGAGAAAGGUUACCGACACUUGGUGUCUCUGCCUCAGCUGGAGCCCGCCCACCCACACAGUGACGGGAGAAACUCGUGGACGUCGUCAAUAGAAGAUCUACCUGAGUCCGAGACAGGUAACGAGCCUGCUUCAGUUGUUCAGCCACUUCCACAGCUCCAGCACGAAACUGAGAUUACUCAUGUGGAGUCCGAUUCACACUCGGCGUCGGAUCAUUCAAGCGUUGGGGAUGGCUCGAAUGGAGAGCACCACGCAAGUGACGCCUACACGAUAGUGAACAAAGUUCUCCAGCAACAAACGCCAUCAGGAGUUGUCGACCAGCAGCUUGUGGAUGAUAUUUACCAUCGUAUCAUUCAAGCUUCGCCAGACUUGGCCGACGUGGAGAACGUAGAUGAGGAGAAAGUGCAGCGGUUAUGUCUGGAGGAACUAGAAGAGUAUACUCGUCAAUGGGACCACCUCGAAUCUUCACGUCCGCAAUCAACCGAGUCUUUUCACACCGAAGCGAAACCGUAUUCAGGCCAUGACACAAGCAAAGAGCAGUAUGACAACACCCCUGAAUCUCCGGAUAUUCACUCUUCAAGGCAAGUCACCCCGCCGCCGCCGCCAUUGCCACCAUCGAGCUACCGGACGCAUCAUAGAUACAAAUCCAGCUUGGACAGUGCGGAAGACUGGGCUGAGACGUCGCCAUCAGUCGGUGAUUGGAUGCAAUUUGCUCUGAAAUCACCGACUGAAGAAAGACAACCCUCUGCUUUGGCCCACGAAACUUUUGCAGACGCUGGAUCAAGAAUCUCGACGACCGAGACAUAUCAAGGCGUAAAGCAAAAGGAACUUGACCAGCAGCCGGACGAUUUCCUACCCGUGGGAGCUGAAAUUAGCAUUCCACGCCCACCAUCCCACUCUCCACCACCUCCUCCAAUUGCGAAGAUGCCUACCAUUGAUCAGACCUCCUGGUCUGCCCCAACCGGCAUAAGACCCCCCAUUCCCCAAACAGCUCCCCCGGCUAGGCCACUCACAGCAUUGUCUCAAAUGUCUGCCAGAUCAAGCAUAGAUACACAGACGAUACCGUCCAGCUCGCAUAAUGCUAGGCCAUCUCUGGAUGACCAGAGUCCCGAGCAACGCCGCCUGAAACAAAGAAGACACGUCCUCAAGGAGUUGGUGGAUACCGAGUACACAUACGAAAGAGACAUGAGAGUCCUGUGUGAUAUCUAUAAACAAACUGCAACUGCCGCCAUAAAUGACGAGGAUAUCAAGAUUAUAUUCGGCAACGUCGAUCUCGUCCAACAGUUUUCCAAAGACUUCCUGGCUUAUUUGAAGCAGGUUGUCAGGCCAGCUUACAUAAUGGAAAGGUCUGAUCGACGAAAAGACGGCAAUCGGACCUCCACAGUACAGAGCUCUGCAGCCUCCAUUGACGGUGUUGGCGAGCUGACUGACCUUGAGCGAGACGAACUCACAAGGGUAGGCACCGCAUUUGAAGCGUCAAUGGGCGACAUGGAGAAAGUAUACACCGACUAUAUUCGAACGCGACAUGCUGCAAACAAGAGGCUGGAGGUCCUGCAGUCGUCGGCCGCUGUGCGAGAGUGGCUGAAAGAAUGCAGCGAGAAUUCAAGCGACAUUACCAAUGCUUGGAGUUUGGAUGCACUUCUUGUCAAGCCAAUACAGCGCAUCACCAAGUAUCCUCUCUUACUGAACCAGCUGCUAGAGGCGACUCCGAAUACUCAUCCUGACGUUGAAUUUAUCCGAAAAGCUGCGGUGGAGGUGACUGAGGUCAAUGUACGGAUCAACGAAGUAAAGAAGCACACUGAGCUUGUUGAUCAAGUCCUCAACCGCAAACGGAAAGAGUCUGAUGUUCGAAAUGGCUUGACCAAGGCGUUUGGUCGGCGUGCAGAAAAGUUAAGGCAACAUGUCGGCAUCAAUGAAAUACACGAGGAUCCAGAGUAUACCAAACUCAAGAUCAGCUAUGAUAACAACAUUGCGCAUCUUUUCUUGGUUACUAAGGACUGUCAAGGCUAUAUCGAAGAGAUCACCAAGUGGGUUAAUCGCCUAUGUGAGUUAGCCGCAGCCGCCGAGGCAUGGGUUGAUGUUGGACACACGAACCACGCACAAGCCGAGAGCAAACUUCGACAAUUUGCUAUUGUCGUUCGAGGCGUCAAUUCAAUUGCACUUCCCGACCACAAUGAGCAAGUCAUCAAACGUGUUGUCCAGCCCAUGGAAAAGACGGCAACAAUGCUAGAAAGGUUUCGAUCAGACUCCAAAGGACUGAUCCAAAAGCGGGACAAGCGGCUUCUGGACUAUAAUCAAUUCAAAAACAAGAAAGACAGAGGUGAAAAAAUUGACAAGAAGAUGACUGAGCGCAUGGAACAAUGGGAAGCUCUGAACCUCGAAGCCAAAGAGAGAAUGAAGCGACUUCUGCGAUCAACGGCUGACCUUGUUCACACAUGUCAGGCCAACCUUAUUCAACUGCACCUCAAUUGGUUGGCCAUGUGCAGGCAAAAGUUCUCGGCGGCAAUGGAGAUACCCUUGAACAAGCUGGAGAAGGCUGAUAUCGUCAAAGACUGGCAAGAAGACUUUGAUUUCCAAGAAGCGACUGCCUUGUCCCUCAGCAUCUGCAAUGGAUCAUUGCUCGCAGAGGCAGUGAACAUGGUUUCGUUCUUAACUCCUGGGUCGACCUUGAUGGGUGACGAGUCCCCCCGCCAACCGUCAUGGAACAGCGCACCAAAGCGAUCGGUGUCAACAUCUGACGACAUGCCGCCGUUACCAUUAAAGGACCACUAUCACCGGAACAGCGGAGGUCCGAUGAGUUCUCAAAGCGAUGACCACACGGAAUGGAGUUCUUCCACAUUUGCCAAUGGGCGCAUCCGGACGGGCUCAGCUGCAUCUGGACGAAUUCCCAAGACUCCGGAGACGGGAAGUCGAGGUGUUUCUGCGUCUCUUCAUACUAUCAAUAGCACGAAUGUGUCUCGACCAGGAACUAGUCCAGGACUGUCAGCAGACAGCACCCAGCCAGCUCCUCGGCUAAGCUUCGAAGCGCCAUCUCCAUCACUUGGCGAGUUAUUAACCGAAUCUCCCAUGGCAGUGCGACACGCAUCCUCGUCUACAUUUUACUCGGCGAAUCCAGGACCAAGUCAGUCACAUCCCCAACUACCGACCACAAGUGGAGCAAGUGUUUUCUCCUCCGCAAUGCCUAUGGAAGAGAACCCGGAGACGGAGACAGCAUCCAUGAACCCGGAGCCACGAAGAGAACCCGGUGUUCUAUUCACCGCGGCCAGUGUCUACGAGUUCAAUAUCGACCGCUCGCGGCAGCAAGGCGGAUUCCGCUACCUCACGUACGUGAUUGGGGAGAUCUUCGACAUUAUUGCCGAACAUGGAGAACUGUGGUUGGCGAUUAACCAAGACGAUCCGACGAGAGAAAUUGGCUGGAUCUGGAACAAGCAUUUCGCCAAACUUGCUGAGUAAGAUGAUGGCCGAGGUUUACAACGUUGUGCCUCAUUGACAUCUUGGAUAAACCGAUUGUGAGUAUACGUGGCUAUAUCAGGAACCGUCUACGACCUCUAUAGGAAGGUGCUCGUGCCUUUCGAUCAAGGCGGGGUGUGGUUUAACGAGCGCAGAACUUGCCAGGUGUCGAUGACGGGCAUUUCUUUUUGUUUCUUUUUAGUUUCUUUGUCGUUCAAGCGUUCUAGCGGAUUCAAAGGACGGUCGGCGUUGACAUGUACCACAAAAGCAAAAAGGGAUGGGAGCAAAUGUACAGUAUUGUCAGAAAGGCCAUGACUUGAUGGAAGGCAGCCCGAGAUGCCAGGGAUUGAAGGAACCUUGUAGUUGGACACGCUCAACACUGAGGAGAGAAAAUAAAAAGCACACCUGAAAGAC